AUGGACGAGGACGAGAUAGUACCAGCGACCACACAGAGAGAGUCCACGGCGGAGCCAUCGAGAACGACUACUAGACAAGUGCCAGGAGUGCCAGCACCCAUCCGCACAAAGCUCAGCGACUCUGAAUUUUGGGUUGAUUCAACACAGACAAAGCUCAACCUGCAAAAUCUACGGACUCAGUUUGCCGGCGAAGGACGACUAACUAUUGCUCAAGCUAUUUGGAUAUUGAAGGCUGCUACUCUGCUAUUGUCUAAGGAGGAUAAUCUACUAGUGUUACCCUCACCCAUUAUUGUUUGUGGCGAUAUACAUGGACAGUUCUAUGAUCUACUUCAGCUAUUGGAUGGGAAUGGUGACCCGGCUACAACGAGAUAUCUGUUCCUGGGAGAUUACGUUGAUCGAGGUUACUUUUCAACAGAGUGCCUACUAUAUCUAUACGCAUGCAAAAUCUCAUAUCCAGAGACCUUCUUCAUGUUACGUGGGAAUCAUGAGUGUCGGAGGUUGACUGAAUAUUUCACCUUCAAACAAGAAUCACUAUUUAAAUACUCUGAAGAAUUCUAUGAAGAAGCAGUAACAUCGUUCUGUGCACUGCCAUUGGCAGCAGUCAUGAACAAGCAGUUUCUAUGUGUGCAUGGUGGCAUAUCUCCUCAUUUGGCUACGCCUGAAGAUAUCAAUGAAAUCGACAGGUUUAGAGAACCACCAACACAUGGAUUAAUGUGUGAUUUACUAUGGGCUGAUCCAUCAGAAGAGUUUGGAACAGAGGAGACACUAGAGUUCUUCGUGCAUAAUCAUACUCGGGGAUGCUCGUAUUAUUAUACGUAUAAUGCAUGUUGUGCUUUUCUCGCCAAGAACAAACUGCUGUCGAUUAUAAGGGCGCACGAGGCUCAGGACGUUGGAUACAAAAUGUAUAAAGAAGUUGCAUCAACAGGAUUUCCGUCAUUGAUAACUCUAUUCUCAGCCCCUAACUAUUUGGACGUGUAUAACAACAAGGCUGCGGUCCUGAAGUAUGAAAACAAUGUUACUGAAAUGUUGGUUGGUGUCUUGGAGGUAUGCUCUCCAGACGAGUUACUACCCGAUAGAAGAGAGAUUGUCAAGAGCAAGAUCCGUGCUGUGGCAAAGAUGAACAGAAAUUAUCGAUUACUUAGGGAAGAAAGCGAAACCAUAUCCGAACUAAAAUCCAAACUGACCGAUCAACGACUCCCAUACGGAACACUCUCAUCUGGCGCCGAAGGCAUCCGAAACGCCAUCAAAGGGUUUGAGGAUGCACGAUGCUCUGAUAUUGAUAAUGAGAAGAUCCCGCUAUCACGAGAUGAAGAUGAGUUGAGCAUACAAGAUACAGUGUUUGGAGUCAUUCAGCCAGCGGUCGAGUCUAGAAAACGGUCGACUAUACCGCUGAUUGAUUUCCCGGAUGAGGACGAUAGUAUGACGUUUAGUAGUGCGCCUGAGAAUUUUGAGGAUGAGGAUGAGGGGACGGAUCUUGGUGUUGGUAGUGGGUCGCAUUCUGUUUGA